GGUGUUACUUGCGGCCACGAUGGAAGGCACGCCGUGGAGACCGAGCAGGCAGUGGCCCCACAAGACGCAGGGAACCUGCGCCGUGUUGAGACCCCGCGCGAGAGACGCCACGAACAAUUGUGAACGAUUUGGUAUGCUAGACAUUCCCGCGGAUUGGUAAAUUGAGAGUCAGAAGGACGUGAAUUUUAAAAAGCUCGCCGACGAUCGGCCAACCACAAAGGGGGGUUAAGAUUUUCGUGUUUGACGCAUCAGAGCACUUGUCACGCACAAAUCCAUGCCAGGCAGCCACUCGCCCAUGACACACCUUACCGGUGCAAAUCAGUGUUAGCAAUGGGACUCACCACGAUUCUGCGCGGCUUCAAAAUCCCCGUCGCAAUUCUCGACCGCUUUCUCGAGGCGAACAACGUUGAACCGACGUAUGGCUACCCGCCCUUUUACAGCCAGAGCGAACUGGAUCCCGCGUCCAAAUUCCUGCGCGCAAAAGUAGAUGCCGUCGCAAGCCAAACCAAAACCCAAAUGUUUAUACCUCAAAAAGAGGGAGAGAUACAAUCGACGUAUGCCUACAUCGCAUACGCCUGGGUCGUGGCCUACGCUCAGCGUCAAAUCGACUUGCCCAAGGACUUGCCGGACCGAGCUCCGCCCGGCUUUGCGGACCUGCGCCGCGAGAUCCUGGGCUAUGCCAACGAUGGGGACGAAGAAGCCUUGCAGGUUAAGCGGUUGGAGGAAGAACAAGAGGACCCGACCAUAGCCUUGUUCAUUGUUAUGACCGAGAGGGAUUUCCCGCUGAGGCUAUAUCCACGCAAGUCGGAUAUGCGUUGCGACCGCUGCGACGAGACCAACUUUGAGGAUUGGCCCCAGAGAAACGCCCACCGGAAGGAGGUCCAUGGGUGUGUCAACUCGGAUCUUCCUGAAUUUUGAUGUCGAGUUUGGCUUCAAGAAAAAUCCGACGGAAAUUGCACAAGCGUGGGAAGC